AUGGCUAAGCCCAGUUUUGAUGUCAAGACGGCCAUCGCCUUGUUGCCCGUCAUGACGGGGCAGGAGGAUACCACUAAGCAGUUGAUAGACGGCAUUAUAAUGUACAGUUCCAUUAUUAAUAGCGAAACUCAACAGGUUUUAAUAGAGUUCGUCCUGAAAACAAGACUCUCGUCUAGCGCUAAGCUCAGAUUAAAGACGUCAUAUACUAGCGUAGAAUUACUUAUCGCGGAUAUGCGUACAUUCUUACUACCUAAAAAAUCGUCCGAAUCGAUUCAGGCUCAACUGUACAGAGCUAGGCAAGGUAGGAGAACUAUAGAGGCAUUCGGAGCCGAGAUCGAGGAUCUUUUUGUCAAUCUGACCAUAUCCCAGGCCGACGGUAACGAUAGCAGGUACGAUAUACUUCGUCCACUGAACGAGAAAUCAGCCAUUAAGCGUUUUGCAGACGGUUUAGCAGAUCCCAAGUUAAGUACCAUAAUAUCAUCUAGGCAAUUUACGUCACUGCCCGAAGCGAUCAGGACGGCCAUCGACGAGCACAGCUCAUCACCACAGCAGGAGCAGGUCCUACAUUACGGGCGCAACCAUUAUCUGCAGCUACAGUUCGCCGACCUGCGCGCGCGCCUGCUCGCCCGAAUACGCGUGCGCAGCACAUACAACCGUCACACGAUGAUGGAAAACCUAUCAGGAUACCACAUGCCUUACGCAAAGAACUCCAAACUCAGAUCCAAGAUAUGCUAG